AUGGAGAGCCCUUUCCAGUCGUCGCGCUCGGAGGCCAGCGGAGAUCUGCCGGAUUUGGCGGAUCUCCCGGGUGGUUUGGAGCACUUUGAGGCCUUCUACCGCGAGCAGAAGCUUUGCAAGGACUGGGACCUGUGCUGGCAGCGCAUGCGCCUUCCGCUGCCGCCCUGCCUGCGUCUGGAGGCGGAGGCGUUGAAGCUGCUGGCACCCUGGCAGCCGGAGCUGGUGCCGUGGUGCGGGGCUUUCCGCCUACACGCGCACGCGGUGGACGAGCUGGGGCACUACCAUCCGGAGCUGGCCAAGGUGUUGUCCGAUGGGCAGCGCGCCGGCAAGAUCAUCCGGCAGGAGUCAGCUUCAAUGCUUCCCGCGCUUGCUUUGGGUAUCCAGCCAGAGCACAAGAUCGUAGAGCUGUGUGCAGCUCCCGGGUCGAAGACUCUGCAGAUCUUAGACAUCAUGCAGGCGAGCGCAGGCAGCCAGGUACCAUCUGGGCUUCUCGUGGCGAACGACUCCAAAGGUGGCAGACUCAGGAAGCUGAUUGACCGAGUUCGGCGCGUGCCUGCGUCGCCCCUGCUCGUGACUCGUGCCGACGCCAGGCGUUUCCCCCAACUUCGGCAACAUGCUGAUGGCUGUCCGGUCCUGUUUGACCGAGUCCUUUGCGAUGUUCCGUGCUCUGGGGAUGGCACUAUGCGAAAGGCCCGAUCGCUUCUUCGACGCUGGACGCCUAGAGCAGGUGUGGGCCAUCAUGGGAUCCAGCUGGAGAUCCUUCUGCAGGGCUUGAAGCUCCUGGCACCAAAAGGGCUUUUGGCAUACUCCACCUGCGCCCUGAAUCCGGUGGAGUGUGAGGCGGUGGUCUCUGCCGCUCUCUGCCAGCAGCCUGGCUUUGAGACAGUGCCCAUCCAGGUGCCUGGACUUCAACUGGAGCCUGGGCUACCAACCUGGAGGGUGCCUGCGCUGACCAGGGCCGCGACUUGGGCCACCUGGCACGAGGUCCCGGAGGACGAGAAGGCCUCUGGGCAAUUGCGGCGGUCCAUGUUUCCGCCGGCGGCUUACGCAGCCACCGCGAUGGUGGCAGGCCUCGAACAGCAGCUGCUGCGCUGCGGCAGGCUGCUGCCGAGCAAUGACGAUGGCGGUUGCUUCUUCCUUGCCCUGGUCCGGCGCAAGGAGGAGGGCACGGCAGCCUUCUCCAAAGGGGAUCGCGUUCUGGCGACGGCUGUCGGCCAACAAGGUGUCGUUCGUGGACCAGGGACCAAGCAGUUCCGAGGGCUUUUACGUGUUCUCUAUGACGAUGGUUCCCAGUAUCAUGUCGCGCCCAACGAGCUCCUGAAGUUGUCACCCGAAACGGCCGUGGAGCAAGCCAAGCCAGCUUCCCUUCGACCACUGCUGUGUGCGGUGCCAGAUGACUGGCACCGCAUCGCGGGCUUCUUUGGGGUGGACCUGCUUGCCUCAUGUCUCGCACAGGGCUCUGGCGGCGCCAUUUGCCUGGCAUCACCGUCCCUGAAGGCACUGGCAUGGCUCCCUGAGAGCAUGUCAGAGAAGGGAUAUUGGGCAGCCGGCCGUCCUCUUUUCUUCAAAGCAUCCAGCGAGGUGGGCGCACACGCGGGCAACGCCUGGCAGCCUACAGCAGAGGCAGCCGCGCUGUUGGCUGGGAUUUGCGACCGCUCCCUGAGACUUCCCAUGGCCCUGUUUCGGGAGUUCCUCAGCAACGGCGAGGUGGAUGCAGAAGCAGCUGGCGCUUCAGCGUGGCAGGAUGGAUUUGUACUGGUAUCGCCGCUGCCCGAAACGGGUCACGGGUCACGUCCAGAAGGCUUACAUCGUGCAUCUCUUGUUGGGCAUCUCCACAGUGGCCGCAUCAGGCGCUGUGCCAGGGCUGGGGCAGCUCCAAACUGCUCGCUGGCACAGCUUUGGCUAAAGCCUACCUGA